UGGUGGAUAUGGUCUGAGCUGGCAAAUGGCCAUCCGCCCCACACGGCCAAUCCAAUCCUCCGCCACCACCAACCACCAACUCAGAGAAGGAGAAGAGGCCCUUAGGCGCCGCGUCCUGGCCUGCCAACAAAUCCACCCAACACUCUAUUGUUCUCUCUCAUCAACUUAAUCAUCUUAUUUUGUUGAUUUUCUGCUGGUUCGGAUUUCGACUGGGACUUAGGGUUUGGGAAGCUCCGAAAGAAAUGUUAAGCAAGCAGGGGGAAGAAGGAGGAGCAGGGGGAAGGUUUUACUGGGUAAAAGGUGAACAAGAGUCCGGCUGUGUUAAAAAGAGCAGAGGAAUUGUGGUUGUGUUUGCGUGGUGGGGCUCAAUUCAGGAAACCCAAUUGAAGGAUUUCACUGAUCUCUACUCCUCGCUGGGUUGGAAUUCUCUCGUUUGCCUCGCCCAUUUUCUUAAUCCAUUCACCCCUGAGAGGGCCACAUCGCUAGCAUUUUGUAUUGUUAGUCAGCUUGUUGAGGAGCUAAGGUCAAAGCCAUGUCCUAUAGUCCUUGCUUCUCUUUCUGGUGGUUCACAAGCUUGCUUGUAUAAGGUCUUUCAGAUUAUUGAUGGAGGAUGUGAAGUCCAGCUCAAUUUGAAUGACAGUAGAUUGGUUAGAAGUUGCAUCUCGGGUCAAAUCUACGACUCUGGUCCUGUUGAUGUUACCAGUGACUUAGGUGCAAGAUUUUCUGUACACCCCACUGUCCUGAAGAUGCCUGGUUCUGCUAAGCUUGUGUCCUUAGUUGCAAAAGGUGUCACUUCUGGACUGGAUGCUCUAUUCAUCACAAAAUUUGGAUCCCAGCAGACAGAUUACUGGCAGAGUCUUUAUUCCUCAGUUAGCUUGGGUGCCCCUUUUCUCGUUCUAUGCUCAGACUGUGAUGAUCUUGCUCCAUACCCCAUUAUAUGCAACUUCUCUCAGCGUUUACGAGAUGCUGGAGGUGCUGUAGAAAUCGUGAAGUGGAAAAAUUCCCCUCAUGUUGGUCAUUACAGUAGCUAUCCAAUUCAGUACAGAGCUGCUGUAGCAGAGUUGCUUGAGAGAUCAAAUUCAAUAUUCUUUCAUAAAAUCCAGAGACUUGGAGAGCAAAUUGGCACCGACUUGGGCGGUAUGCCUGGUGAAAUAUCUGAUUUGAUAUGUGAUCUCCAAAAUGCAGCUGUUAAUUCAAAUCAAAGCCUUAGAAGAGUUGCAGUUGGACCGGAAGACCACUUCUUCUUACCAAGUUCAAUGGAACAUGACAAUUUUAGAGACUCGCGCUCUUCUCAAGAGGAUAGGAAGGAAAAAUUACCAUCUGAUACAAACCCUAGGAUGGAUGCACAUGGUGUUCUUGGCCAAAUCCUCUUUGAUGCGUGUGUCCCGAAAAACAUUGAAGGUUGGGAUAUCAAAUUUUCUGGUUCUUUGAACGGCCAGCCAUUUGCUUCUGCUUCUAGGCGUUCACCCUUGAAGGCUAUCAAAUUUAUAGGUCGUUCGAGAUUGUGACCAGGUCUGAUAUGAGUUGACAUAUUUGAGGUAAAUUUUCUAAUUAUGUUUAGUAAACUGCAUUCUUUAGAUAAGAAUGGCAUGUCUCUGAGAAAUAAAGUUGCAUAAGAGGUGAUUUUGCCAAGGAUUGAGCAACAAAUCCGUUUGUCGGGUACUUUGUAGCGUGAGGGGUAUAUUAUAUAUGCCUGUGAUACUGUCAACUAUAUAUUGGUGAUUAAAAAUGACAAAUCUUUUAGUAGCUGCUGAAAGCAUAUGGCUCUGAGCGAAGGAAGGGUAGAAGGGGGUGUCCUUUCAUCUUUCUGUGACACGCUUAAAAAGCCAUUGUAACCUGUAUUGCUAUGGCAUGUUCAAUAGGAGUUCGAAGCUAUGGGUGCCUGCAGAGCACGUGAUGGAAGACAACGAGCCUACUUUUGUAAAUAGUGUUAAUAUAUGAGGUUUUUUUUUGGAAGGAGUGUUAAUAUGUGAGUUGAAAGACGGAAUUACUUAACUGUUACAAGCGUAUUAACCCUGGUUUUUUGUUUAAUAUGUUAUUAGCA